AUGAAUUACAUUUCCAAUCUCCUCGACACCGAAGCUGUCACCAACUCUCUUCUCGACAAUGGCUACUUACCACACCCUCUCAUCCGCAUUGGCAUCAGGCGCCAGCUUGCGGACCGUCUCGCCUCAAUUGCAUCAACAUCUCUGGAAUCAGCCUAUGCCUCAAAGAUGAACUAUGUCAAGCUCCUUCGUGAGCGACCGAUCGCCAUUGAAACAUCCACGGCCAACGAGCAGCACUACGAAGUCGGCACGAGCGUGCUACAGGGCAUGCUCGGAGCAAGAAUGAAGUAUUCUGCAUGUCUGUAUGAGAAGGGCGGGGAAACGCUUGCACAGGCUGAGAUCGCCAUGUUGAGGAUGUACGUGGAACGUGCGGAGUUGAAAGAUGGAAUGAGCAUCUUAGAUCUUGGAUGUGGAUGGGGCUCAGCAUCUCUGUACUUCGCUGAAGUAUUCCCCAACUCGCAAAUCACCGCCUUCUCCAACUCGCGGACGCAAAAGGAGCACAUUGACUCUGUUGCCAAGGCCAAGGGAUUCUCCAACCUUAAAGUAAUCACGGGGGAUGUCGUAGACUACGAGUUUGAAGCUUCAGUCUACGACCGUGUCGUUUCCAUUGAACUCUUCGAGCAUAUGAAAAACUAUCAGCUCCUUCUCUCAAAAGUCAGCAGAGCGCUCAAGCCUGGCGGAAAGCUGUUUGUGCACAUUUUCGCGCACGCAACCACGCCGUACGAUUUUGAAGGUGGAUGGAUGACUGAGCACUUCUUCACGGGGGGCACGAUGCCUUCAGCAGAUCUGCUCCUGUUCUUCCAAGACGACCUCAAGUUGAAAAAGCAAUGGUGGGUCAAUGGCAUGCAUUACGGAAAGACGUGCGAGGACUGGUUACUCACGAUGUGCUCGAACAAGAGCACGAUCUGGCCAGGCUUGGAGGAGACGUAUGGCAAGGAUGGCGCACUCACAUGGUGGAACAGGUGGCAGGUCUUCUAUCUUGCAUGCGCGGAACUCUUCAAGUGGGAAGGCGGUGAUACAUGGGGUGUCAGUCACUACUUGUUCGAGAAGCCCGAGUAGAGUAAGAUGUUCGACAAGAAUCGAUUCAGGCGCAUAAUCACCACUCGACAUAAGUAAA